GCGAGAUCCACAUCCCUUUUAGACAGUUCCAACGACCUAGGCAACUACGAAUUGAUUGUUUCAUGGGUUUAUCGCUCCACUAGAACUCAGUUUAUACUCUGCAGUCUACCUGCAGGUAUGAACGCCAACUUCCCCGUCGUGACAAUCGACGUCAUCCUCGACAGACACAGCGCCAAAGAGGUUCUCACCGCAAUUCUCCAUUCGAUACUUUUCCAUAGGCUGUUUGGCACUGUGAAGCCUCAGACAUUCGAGGUGUUUGAUGUCACCAUGCCAGGUAUUUCGGAUCCUGAGAUGGAGCAACUCGUGACUGAGAAAGUGGAUAUCUUUUGGAAAGGAAUCGAAAGCGGAGCGAACAAGCGUGGUCAAAUGAUAGUAACAUUUUCGGAGAAAAAGGCAAAGAAGUCUUGGUUUCAGGUAUACGUCGGGGAGGAAGAAGUACCAUGGGAACAAUGGAUUGUGAAUGCCGAGAUGCGACAACCCAAGUCAGAAGACCGGCAAGAAUUCAAUGCAAAUCUUGCGUCAACACUUUUGAAGGCUUUGAACGUGAUGCUAACACAUACCUCGUCGGAGCGCGGGCGCACGGCAGUUCCUCUCAUCACGAAUGCGUCAGGGAUAUCCCCUUUUCCAAUCAAGAUUGCUGUUAAAGUUGGUGGGGUUGAGCUUGGUUAGUGUGUACAGCUUCAGAAGGAUGUUGCAGAUGCGAUAAGCACAAGAUGUAUGUUUUAGACCUUGCAUUGAUUUUUUGUUCCAUUUACUGGCGCUACUUAUCUCUCUGACAUUCGCUCAUGGCUAUAACACGUGUGA